AUGAUCGUAAUUAAAAGAGCCUAUGAGCCUAAUUCUCCAGACGAUGGUUUCAGAAUCUUAGUAGAUCGUUUAUGGCCCAGAGGAUUAACUAAAGAGCAGGUAGCCACUGAUUUAUGGCUUAAAGACAUUGCUGCGAGCACGGAAUUACGAAAUUGGUUUGGUCAUGAUUCCCAAAGAUGGGAGGACGCUAAAGAUGAAAUUCAUAAUGAGGCGGUAGUUCUAUUAGAUUAUAUUAAAAAACAUACGUAA